CCCGUGUCCGCGCACCACGCGCUCUCCCGCGCUCGGCACGCGGGGUCUGCGCGCCCCCCCCCCUCCGCCGCCGGUGCGGCUCGCUGCGGGAGGGGCAUGGCGGCGGGGCGGUGGGGGCUGGGAGCGGCGCUGUGCGCGGCGCUGCUGGCGAGGCUGGGCCUGGUGCUGUACGGGCUACACCAGGACGGCGCCAUGCGUGUGCGGUACACCGACGUCGACUACCGGGUGUUUACCGACGCGGCGCGACUGGUGACCGAGGGGCGGUCGCCCUACGGACGGGCCACCUACCGCUACACCCCGCUGCUGGCCUGGGUCCUGAUGCCCAACGUCUACCUCGCCGAGGUCUUCGGGAAGCUGCUCUUCGUGGCGGCGGACCUGGCGGUUGCUGUCAUCGCCUACUGGGCCCUGCGGCGCCGGGGAACCACCGCCGGCAAGGCGUGUGGGUGCUGCGCUGCCGCCUGGCUCUUCAACCCGCUGCCCAUGGCCAUCUCCAGCCGGGGCAACGCGGAGGCCCUGGUGGCGGUACUGGUGCUCGCCACGCUGUACUUGGUGGAGGGGGGCAGCGUAGGGAAGGCCGCGGUCUGCUACGGGCUGGCUGUACACAUGAAAAUAUACCCGCUGACCUACGCGCUGCCCAUAGCGCUUCACCUGCGGACUAAAGCGUGUGGCGGGAAAGGGGCAGGGGGUAGCAGAAACCCAAAGUUUACAUUAAUAGCGUACCCCUGGCGGCUUUUUGUGAAGGUACUGAACCGCGAUGUGUUGCUUUUUGGUGCGGUUGCUGGAUCUGUGCUGGCUGCCUUGACUGUUGUGUUUUACCACCUCUAUGGCUGGGAGUUUUUGGAGCAUGCCUACUUCUACCACCUGACCAGGAGGGAUAUCCGUCAUAACUUCUCUCCCUACUUCUACAUGCUGUACUUAACUGCAGAGAGCAAAUGGAGUUUUGCCCUUGGGCUUGCAGCUUUCCUGCCUCAGCUGCUUUUGCUCCUGGUUGCGUCCAUAGCAUUUUACAGAGACCUUGCCUUCUGUUGUUUCCUUCACACUGCAGUUUUUGUGACUUUCAACAAAGUGUGCACAUCCCAGUACUUUGUCUGGUAUCUCUGCCUUUUGCCCCUCAUAAUGCCUAGUGUUAAGAUGUCCUGGCAUCGUAGUGUGCUGCUUCUCUUCCUCUGGCUUGUUGGACAGGGCCUGUGGCUUGCUCCUGCGUAUUUUCUGGAGUUCAAAGGCUAUAACACUUUUUUACUUAUAUGGUUGGCAGGCUUACUUUUCCUGCUUAUUAAUAGCUUCAUAAUUGUUCAGAUUAUUUCACAUUAUCAAAAAGAAGCACACGUCACCAAGAAACUCAAACAGCGGUAACAGGCCAAAAUCCAGAAACAGCUCUACUGGCCUUGAUCAGGCUUUUCAUACCACCAGCACUUUGUUUAGUAUCAAUGUGUGUACAUUGUACUAAAACACGUUGUAUGUAAGUGAUACUGUAUCAGGGCCACUGAUUGCUCUUAAUUGCCCUGAGGAACCCCUUUUCUCCCCUGAGCAGUGACUGCAGGGGUACCUGUCUCUCAUGUGGACUUUUAAACUACAUUGUAACCUCUCCAGCACUGUCUUCAGCCCUGUCUCGUGCUGCUCCUGACAAGACUCACUGAAAGGACCCUGGACCAGUUCAUCACUUACUUCAUAUGCCUGAGGCUGUGGGUGGAAUCUGUUACCAGCAUCCCAUCUUCAUCUGCCAUCUCAAGACAAAGUGUGACUGUGCCAUGGUCAGUGAGGGUAUGGCAUGUGCUGGGGUCACCACAGCUCCUGCUUGUGCCUCCUCAUGGGACAGCCCUAAACUUCUUACUCCCUGGUGCACUUUUUCUCAUUGUUACUUGUUGAGGACUGUGACUUCUGUCUAGGAAGACACAGAAGACUGUCAAACUUCAACGUCCCCUUAUAGUCUUGUACAUUCCAGUAAGUCAGUGGGGUUUUCUACAAGGGUUAAGCUAAUGAAUUAAUAUAAGGCAGUCACUGAAUA